AGCCUUAUCAAUAAACACUAAAAAUAGUAACAGUGUGUUUAUCCCUUUUUAAGUGGUAUUCCAGUCAUUUUGAUAUCGUGAUCGUCAUGAGGUUGAUAUUUAUGGCUUCCUGUUUUACAAAAGAAGAUAUUUGAUCAAAAUGAUGCCGGAUUUCUCCCCCAUUUCUGACUAACAGAGACACUUUUCUGAUGAUUUUGACUGGACACUUCCUAGUUCCUCAUCCUCUGACGCUCUGUGCAUGGUUGCAUACUGCAUGCAUGUACACAUGUACAGGGUACGAACACAUACACUAGAACUGGCUACAGCUGUCUGUGAUCGCAUCAGCUGUGUUAAUGAUUAAUUUGUCUGUCCGUUUCCACAUUAUUACUGUUAACAUAUUCAUACUUUAAGACGGUGUGGUGUAAAAUUGGAUCGCUGAAGUUCUAAAAGGCAAAGCAAGCGUGACUGUCUGAAGGCAGUGAAGGGGCCCAGUUCAUAGGGAGACAGAACCGGAAUCGCUAUAAUGGCAGAAAUUUACAGUGAUCCUCAAGUUGAUGUGAGAUUUGGGCGGAACAAAAACCGUGUUCAUUUGGAAAGUGCGAUAAGGGAGACACCAGAGGUGCCUCCUAGUGAUGCUACGCAAUCGGAUUUUGAUCUGGAGUUUCACUUGGGUAUGGAUGAAGACACCUUUAAUGAGAUGAUGUCGGAGGACAACUUCAUGAUGUCCGAGGACAACUUCAUGGAUGGUUUUAAUUUGGAAGACUUGUUACAUUCCCUCAAUGGCAAUCAAACCGAGGAGGUGUUGCCAUUCCAGCAUGGGGAAAAAUCGUCAGGGUUGUGUCAGGUUUGUUUCGACUAUACGACCACAUAUCGACGACCGUGCUGUUCGCAGGUGAUAUGCGACAAUUGUAUUAAACAGUACUGCAUCACGGACGUCAAGGAGGGAAUUUUAAAGAUCCAUUGUCCCAUCCUGGAGUGCAAGUCUUUCAUUACAAAGGAUGAAAUAGUGUACCGUCUUCCGAAUGACUUGAAAUUGAAAUUCAGUCAGUAUUUGACAGACGCUAACGCAGAUCCCUGCAUUAAGACUUGUCCCAGGUGUAGCCAUAUUACAAAGCUCGGUAGCCGAGCCACUGAGUUACAUAAACGCAAAGUGAAGAAGUAUGGGUUGUGUAUGUGUUGCACGGAAUGUGAUUUGAAGUGGUGCUUCCCUUGCCAGGCCCCAUGGCAUGAAGGCGUCACAUGUAAAAAGUUCAGGAUGGGCGAUAACUUAGUGAAAGAUUGGGCGGAAAUGCUCCACCCAGGAUUGAGAACGAAGAAUGCCGUCAAGUGUCCGAAAUGCAAGAUCUUUAUUGAGAGGACGGAAGGCUGUGACCACAUGCACUGCUCCAAAUGUGACACCGACUUCUGUUACCGAUGUGGUGACAAAUUCCGAUCACUUAAGUUUCUCGGCAACCAUCACAGUCGCUACAGCGUCUUUGGAUGCAAGUAUCGUCUGAAACCGGAGAAACCCCACGAGAGGAAGCUCAUCAGAGGUGCCAUACUUGCUAGUAAAAUCCUUGCGGUACCAUGUGUGGGGGUCGUUGCUGUGGGCGCGGGUGCCAUCAUCCUGGUUGCCGGUGCAGUUCUCGGACCGUUCUAUGGCGUAUACAAACUCCAUCAGGCGAGAAUGAGGAAGAAAAGGAUGAAGGAAUGGAAGACAAGUUCUGCAAGAACUGAUGCUUCGACACUUGGGCGACCUAUUCCUAUGAACCAAUUCGGUGACAGCGGUGAAAAAAUGGCGGACUUUGAUGACGAUGACGAAGACUUGGAAUUUUACGAUGUUAUCAUUCCGAUUGAAAAGUUACAAGAUCUUCAGAUGAAGAAAUCUGAUAUGCCGAUGCAUGAUUAUGGCACUCAUUUCCAUGGUGAUCGGCAUGGAGGUUUUUUAGAUUCUGAAUCGGACCUUAGCGAGCGGAGUUACGAUUAUGCUGACCUUGAUUUAUUUAAUCAUCCAUGGGGAGAUGACCUUGAACCACCUCACAGGUGUCACAGUUAUGACUUUGACCGACAUCGUAGAGGGCGUGAUUUCAAGGGGUCGCGGAUGGGCAGGGAAAGUCUGUCGUCUGAUUCCGACCUUGAGGAACUAGAUUCUGGUGUGAUGUUUGUUUUAGACUCGGCCGGCAAGGUGUACUCUUCAGACAACAGUAGCCUGAGGGCCAGCAAGGACACGAUAGUGGAAUAUGUAGCUGCAGUUUCCGAGACAACACACUUGUGAUUGCCAGUGGAGGCCAACUUUCAUUGUGUACGUAUAUGGAUUUCCCAUGAAAUCCUAUCAAAUUGCCUUUUUGCAGACUGUCAACCUUUGACUGGGCAAAUUUCAAAGCUACAUGUGUUUUCCAUUGUUAACCUGGAUGGAAUUUCAGGUUUGCAUCAUGCUAGUGCUAGCAGUUACAAGAACCUAUUGCCAGCUUUUCCCUUCUGCCUGUGUUUUUGCCUUCUAGCUAUCAAAGCCAUACCAAGGACAGUCACAGUUUUAAUGUACUAUAACACAGACAAGUGAUUUUUAUCACAUGCAAUAAAAUAUGAUAUUAGCAAUGGCCACAGUAUUGACUGUUAAUCACUAUUCCAAUAGAAUACAUAUAGUGAUUACCUCUCUGUUUACAAAUACUUGAGUGCAAUGAACUGGUUUUGUUUUAUCUCAACCUCCUAUAGUAAGUAGGCCUUGUAUCUUUCAUAGAAUACAGAAAAUACAAAGGUCUGUUGUUGGAGGAUGUUUUAUUUAUAUGUACGUAUGCUCAUGAUAGUGAAUCAAAUGCCUUGAUUAAGCCCUGUUUAGGGAACUGAGGGCCCGACGUUAGGUCUUUUCCACUUACCUCACUUCGUAGGAGGAUUUCAUCUUUCGAAUGGAAAAGAACUGUUUAAAUGGAUUUGUAAGCAUCGACUGAAAAGGAGGGCGCUGUUCUUUCUCCUUUUGUACCAAGUUUCGUUUUCGUGGAGCCAUGCUUCCUGUGCUGUUAAUUACCUCAGCUCAGACUGUGGACACAAGUAUGUCAUGCCUUUUUAAUGAAAAAAUGUCGGGGGGGAAAAAAAUCAAAUUUUCACUGCAUGUAGGAAGAGAACCAUCCAAAACACUUAACCAUAUUUAUAAUUGUAAAUUAUAACUAGGGCGAUUGUUGACAAGAGACAAGUUUUAAGUACAGUAGAACCUCUCUAUUAAGGUCGCCCUCGGGACUGACAAGUGCUGUCCUUAAUAGAGAGGUGUCCUGAUUAGAGAGGUCAAAUUGAAUGGAAACAACCAAUUGAGACCAAAACUAGUGUCCUUAAUAGAGAGGUUGUCCUUAAUAGAGACUGUCUGCUAAGGAAGGAUCCUCUGUACAUGUAUAUCGUAGAGUGUGUUUCAGCUCAUGAUACCAUCAAUUGUAAACAAUGGUAACUUAAUCACUCAAUUAUCAUCAUGUUAUUUGAUGCACUUUUAGCUUAAUGAGUAAAAUAAACAUAUAAA